AUACUGCGUCGCUUUUACGUUUUGUUUUUGAAAACAGGAAGCAAUAUUAGAUUUUGAAACUUGAUAAUAGAGAAGACAGGCCAUUCCGGAGCUCCGGCCUGCCGUUUCCCUUUUGCUGUGCAACUGCUAUAGCUCACAGCUCGAAGGGAGACGACUCUGCUUCUGUAUUUAGGUCGCUUCCUCACGCCAUCUAAUGGUAACCCCACCGUAAUCCUCUAUCCUUACUCUUCACUCCUUACCUCUCUCUCUCUCUCUCUCGCUCUCUAUAAUUGUUGAGGGAGAGAGUAAAGGAGGAAGAAAGAAAUGGGUGUGGGAACGAGCACCUUUGUCAUCAGAUGGAUCAACUUUCUCACUAUGCUAUUAGCAAUUGUUGUAAUGGGCUUUGGGGUAUGGAUGAGCACGCAUCACGACACCUGUAGAAGGUCCCUUGCUCUCCCUGUUUUAGGCCUUGGUGCUGUCAUCUUUGUAGUAUCUAUAAUUGGGUUCUUGGGUGCAUGGAAGAACAGCUCCAUAUUGUUAUGGCUUUAUCUCAUUAUGCUGUGCUUUAUUUUGUUGGCAAUCCUGGUAUUCACAGUAUUAGCGUUUAUUGUGACAAAUAAUGGAUCUGGUCAUACUGUAGCUGGUUUGAGGUACAAGGAGUACCAACUUCAAGAUUACAGUUCAUGGUUUCUAAAACAAUUGAACAGCACAAAAAACUGGAAGCAUUUGAGAAGUUGUCUUGUGAAAUCUGAUGACUGCAAUAACCUGCCCAGAAAAUACAAGACUCUUAAACAAUAUAAAUUGGCUGAACUAACACCCAUUGAGGCUGGUUGCUGUCGACCACCCUCCGAGUGUGGUUAUCCUGCUGUCAAUGCUUCGUACUAUGACUUGAGCUUUCAUCCAACCAGCUCUAACAAGGAUUGCAAGCAUUACAAAAAUUCCCGGGCUGUCAAGUGCUAUGACUGUGACUCAUGCAAGGCUGGAGUUGCACAAUACAUGAAAACUGAAUGGAGAGUGGUUGCAAUUUUUAAUGUGAUUCUGUUCGUUGUUUUGUCAAUGAUUUACGUCGUGGGAUGCUGCGCGAGACGAAAUGCUUCAAGCAGCCGCUCAAAAGCUUGAAUAGGCAUCUUCCCUGAGAAGAAAAUCUCUUGUUUCUUCACAGAUUCACUAGAGCAACGGUACAGUUUAUUUUAUUCAUUUAUUUUUUUAAAAUCAACUGGAAGAUGAUGAGGGUGGUCAAGUCUCUGUUGUUAUGCACUGGCUUUUGUGGUCAUUGAUGUAAAAGUCUUCCUCUUUCUCUGCAACUUGUGUAAUUGUAUGGAAUAUGGAGUUGCUAAUGAUAAUUUUUAUUUUCAUUUGCAAACAA